AUGGCUUCCAAUCUCCCGCUACAAAGCAGCAACAACGUCAAUGUGGCCAAGGCCAAGGCUCCGGCGAAAGCUCCGUCGUCGCGAGCCGGGAAGACUAUCGAAGAGAUGUAUCAGAAGAAAUCGCAGCUUGAGCACAUCUUACUCCGUCCUGACACUUACAUCGGAUCGAUUGAGAAACACACCCAAACGCUCUGGGUUUACGAGAACGAAGAAAUGGUUCACCGUCCGGUAACCUAUGUUCCUGGUCUCUACAAGAUAUUCGACGAGAUCCUCGUCAACGCUGCUGAUNACAAGCAGAGGGAUCCGUCCAUGGAUUCUCUCAAAGUUGUGAUCGAUGUUGAGCAGAAUCUGAUCAGCGUUUGUAACAGUGGAGAUGGAGUCCCCGUCGAGAUUCACCAGGAGGAAGGCGUUUAUGUGCCUGAGAUGAUCUUUGGGCAUUUAUUGACAAGUAGUAACUACGAUGACAAUGUGAAGAAGACUACUGGUGGAAGAAACGGGUAUGGUGCUAAGCUUACCAACAUCUUCUCCACUCAGUUCACCAUCGAGACUGCAGAUGGCAAGCGACAGAAGAAAUACAAGCAGGUGUUUGAAAACAAUAUGGGGAAGAAGUCUGAACCUGUGAUUACCAAAUGCAACAAGAGUGAGAACUGGACGAAGGUUACUUUCAAGCCUGAUUUGAGCAAGUUUAGCAUGACUCUGUUAGAAGACGAUGUGGUUGCUCUCAUGAGUAAACGUGUAUUUGACAUUGCUGGAUGCUUGGGGAAGACUGUGAAGGUUGAGCUGAAUGGCAAAAGAGUUCCAAUCAAAUCAUUCAGUGAUUACGUUGAUCUGUACCUAAGUGCGUCCAAUAAAUCAAGGACGGAUCCUCUCCCAAGGAUGUCUGAGAAAGUGAAUGACAGAUGGGAGAUUUGUGUGAGCUUAAGCGAGGGACAGUUUCAGCAGGUCAGCUUUGUCAACUCCAUAGCCACAAUCAAAGGUGGAACACAUGUCGAUUAUGUCACCAGUCAGAUCACAAACUACAUUGUGGGUAUUGUGAACAAAAAGAACAAAACUGCCAAUGUGAAGACUCAUAAUGUGAAGAACCAUCUGUGGGUAUUUGUCAAUGCUCUGAUUGACAAUCCUGCUUUCGAUUCUCAAACAAAAGAAACACUGACUCUUAGACAGAGCAGCUUCGGCUCAAAAUGCGAACUCUCAGAAGACAUUCUAAAGAAAGUGGCGAAAUCUGGAGUAGUAGAGAAUUUGCUUUCAUGGGCGACCUUUAAGCAGAGCAAAGAAUUAAAGAAAAGUGAUGGAGCCAAAACUCAGAGGGUUCAAGUUGAAAAGUUGGAAGAUGCAAACGAGGCUGGAGGGAAGGACUCCCAAAGGUGUACGUUGAUUUUGACCGAAGGAGAUUCGGCUAAAGCCCUUGCUAUGGCGGGACUGUCUGUUGUGGGUCGUGACUACUAUGGUGUGUUUCCCCUUCGAGGAAAGUUAUUGAAUGUAAGGGAAGCCAGCACCACUCAGAUUACUAACAAUAAGGAAAUUGAGAACAUUAAGAAGAUUCUUGGACUGAAGCAACAUAUGAAGUACGAGAAUGUUAACACAUUGAGAUAUGGCCAUAUGAUGAUCAUGACUGAUCAAGAUCAUGAUGGUUCCCAUAUAAAGGGGCUCUUAAUCAAUUUUAUCCACUCUUUCUGGCCUACAUUACUCAAGGUUCCCUCAUUCCUAGUUGAGUUUAUAACACCCAUUAUCAAGGCUACGCACAGGAGUGGGAAAGUACUGUCAUUUUAUUCGAUGCCUGAGUACGAAGGCUGGAAAGAAAGUCUGAAUGGUAAUGCAACAGGGUGGAGGAUCAAGUACUAUAAGGGGCUGGGUACAAGUACGUCUAAUGAGGGCAAAGAGUACUUUGGUAAUCUUGGUCUUCACAAGAAGGAUUUUGUGUGGGAGGAUGAACAAGAUGGAGAAGCUAUUGAACUUGCAUUUAGUAAGAAGAAGAUUGAAGCCCGGAAGAGCUGGCUUUUGAACUUUGACCCUGCCAAUCAUCUUGACCAGAAGGAACAGAAGAUUACGUACAGUGACUUCGUCAACAAAGAACUUAUCUUGUUCUCCAUGGCGGAUCUGCAAAGGUCAAUUCCUUCAAUGGUUGACGGGCUCAAACCGGGCCAGAGGAAGAUACUUUUCUGUUCAUUCAAGAGAAACUUCACAAAGGAAGCCAAGGUUGCCCAAUUCUCUGGUUAUGUGUCAGAGCACUCAGCUUAUCACCAUGGAGAGCAGAGUCUUGCCAGUACCAUCAUUGGUAUGGCGCAGGAUUACGUAGGCAGCAACAAUAUCAACCUGCUUCAGCCAAUAGGUCAAUUUGGUACACGAACUUCGGGUGGUAAAGAUGCAGCCAGUGCAAGAUACAUUUUCACUAUGCUCUCUCCAGCAACAAGGGUCUUGUUUCCCAAGGAUGAUGAUGUCCUCCUUAAUUACUUGAAUGAAGACGGGCAAAAGAUAGAGCCAACUUGGUACAUGCCCAUCAUUCCAACAGUACUUGUCAAUGGCUGUGAAGGCAUUGGAACGGGGUGGAGUUCUUUCAUACCAAACUAUAACCCGAGAGAGAUUGUUGCCAAUGUAAGGCGUCUACUUAAUGGUGAAAGUAUGGUGCCUAUGGAUCCUUGGUACAGAGGUUUUAAAGGAACUAUUGAGAAAACUGCGACCAAGGAAGCUGGGUCUACCUACACAAUCAGUGGUGUAUAUGAGGAACUCGAUGACAACAUUAUUCAUAUUACGGAGCUACCAAUCAGAAGGUGGACUGGUGAUUAUAAGGAAUUCUUGGUUGCAAUGAAGACAGAUAAUAAUGGACCCUUUAUUGAGUACAAUGACGACACAUCAGUGAAUAUGGAGAUUACACUGAGUGAAGAGAACAUGAUGGUGGCUCGACAAGAGGGCUUUCUGAAAACAUUCAAACUCACCACAACUAUCGGUACAACCAAUAUGCAUCUCUUUGAUGAGCAUGGUGUGAUAAAGAAAUAUGAGACUCCAGAACAAAUCCUGGAGGAGUUCUUCAACCUCAGGCUUCAAUACUACGAGAAGCGAAAGAAAAUAAUGUUGGAGAAUCUGGAACUGGAGCUGCUGAAACUAGAAAACAAAGUGAAGUUUAUUCUUGGAGUUGUGAGUGGAGAGAUCAUAGUGAACAAUAGGAAGAAAGCUGAUCUUGUUGAAGAGUUGAAACAGAGAGGGUUUACCCCAUUCCCGAAGAAGUCCAAGCCCGUAGAAGCGGCAGUUGCUGGAGCAAUCGACGCAACUGAAGAAGCUGAAGAAAGCUCAGAUGCUCCUGCUCCAAGCUCCACGUUUAUACCUGGCUCAGAGUAUGACUAUCUACUGUCACUGGCUAUUGCAACGUUGACUCUGGAGAAAGUCAAUCAGUUACUUGCAGACAGAGAUAAAAUGAAGGAAGAAGUUGAAGACCUGAAGAAAGCUACGCCUAGGUCUCUCUGGCUCAAAGAUCUCGAGUCACUUGAAGUUGAACUUGACAAUCUAGAUUUGGCUGAUGCUCAAGCCGAAGAAGCGAGAAAGAAAGCAGUGAAGAAACUCAGGGCUGCUGCCGGAAACCCAGCAAAUGGUCGAAAACAAGCCCCAAAGAAACAACCAGCAACAAAGAAGAAACCAGCAUCCACUAAUUCAGCAAUGGACACAGAUAACAAUGUAGUGGAAGUGGCGAAACCGAAAGGUAGACAAGGAGGGAAAAAGAAGGCUCCUCCUCCUCCUCCAGCUGCAAAGGAGGAGGUUGAUGAAGAUGAAAUGAUGGAUCUGGCUUCAAGGCUUGCUCAAUACAAUUUCGGCUCUGCGUCUGAGAAUCCAAGCAGUAAGAAUUAUCUAUAG